AUGGCACCCCCCUCAGCCCCUCCCCGCAGAGAGUAUGUCACCUGGCAGAGGCUCCUGCUUACAGUCUCACUUUUAACCUUCUGGAACCCACCCACCACUGCCCAAGUCACUGUAGAAUCCGUACCGUCCAAUGUGGCAGGAGGGAAGGAUGUUCUUCUACUCGUCCACAAUCUGCCACAGAAUUCUCUUGCCUACAACUGGUACAAAGGGCAAAUAGUGGACGCGACCCAACGGAUUGCAACAUAUUCAAUAACCAGUCAAACACAAAGCCCAGGGCCUGCACACAGUGGUCGACAGACAAUAUACCACAACGCAUCCCUGCUGAUUCAGAACGUCACCCUGAUUGACACAGGAUUCUACACGAUACAAAUCAUUACGGCAAAUUUUCAGAAUGCAGAGGCAACUGGCCAGUUCCGCAUAUACCCGGAGUUACCCAAACCCUCCAUCACAAGCAACAACUCUGAUCCCGUAGAGAACAAGGACUCUAUAACCUUAACCUGUGAACCUGAGACUCUGAACACAACCUACCUGUGGUGGAUAAAUGGUCAGAGCCUCCCGGUCAGUCCCAGGCUGGAGCUGUCCAGGGACAACAGGACCCUCACUUUAUUCAAUGUCACAAGGAAUGACACAGGACCCUAUGAGUGUGGAACCCAGAAUCCAGUGAGUUACAACCGCAGUGACCCAGUCAACCUGAAUGUCCUCUAUGGCCCGGACACCCCCACCAUUUCCCCCACAACCUCCUAUUAUCAAUCAGGGGCAAACCUCAACCUCUCCUGCAAUGCAGACUCUAACCCGCCUGCACGAUAUUUUUGGUUUUUCAAUGGGAGCCUCCUGCAAUCCACACAAAACCUCGUUAUCCCCAGCAUCGCUGUGAGUGAUAAUGGAUCUUAUACCUGCCUCGCCCAUAACUCAGUCACUGACCAAAAUAGCACCACAGACAAGAUGAUCAUAGUCUCGGCAGAGUUACCCAAACCCUAUAUCACAAGCAACAACUCCAAACCCGUGGAGAACAAGGACUCUGUAGCCUUAACCUGUGAACCUGAGAUUCUAAGCAUAGCCUACACGUGGUGGAUAAAUGGUCAGAACGCCUCAGUCAGUUCCAGGCUGGUGCUGUCCAAGGACAACAGGACCCUCACUAUACUCAGUGUCACAAGAAAUGACAAAGGACGCUAUGAAUGUGAGACACGUUCGCAGGACCCAGUGAGUCACAACCACAGUGACCCAUUCACCCUGGAUGUCCUCUAUGGCCCAGAUGCUCCCACCAUUUCUCCCCCAGAGUCUUCUUUCAGUUCAGGGACAGACCUCAGGCUCUCCUGCAACGCAGCUUCUAACCCGCCCGCACAGUAUUCUUGGCUUAUCAAUGACAAGCCCCAGCAGUCCACACAAGAGCUUGUUAUCACCAAAAUCACUACAAAGAAUAGCGGGUCCUAUUCCUGCCUUGCCCAUAACGCGGCCACUGGCAGCAAUAGUACCACAGUCAAGAAAAUCACAGUCUCGGAUGGGAGGAGGAAGCCCCCUCAGAUGAGGGAUGAGCAGCUCAGACUCUGCUCCUGGUUAGCUCUGCCCUGA